ACACUACAUAAACUAUGUUCGAGGAUGAGUCCGACGUCGAGGACAUCGACAGGCUCACCAUAAAUGAGCACUUUGCCAAGGCUUUUCAGUACAAAAAGGAGCGAGAGGAGCUCUCAAAAUUGAAAGAAAAAUAUGGGUCUGACUAUGACUCAAAUGAAGAUGAAGAGGAUUCGGAGGAUGCAGAAUCAGAGGAUGAAGAUGGGGAGGAGCUUACCCCUCAGGUGGAUGCCGCGAUUCUGCGUACGCUUGCGCGAAUAAAAAACCGUGAUCCAGAAAUAUAUAAUUCAAGCAAGAGUAUAUUCGAAGAGGAGCAGACACGAACAACCAAGCAUCCUGUUGUGAAUAAGGCACGCAAAGAGAAGUCGAAGUCGAAACCUAUCAAUAUACAACAAGCAACGCUCGCAUCUGCUCUUAACGCCGCUUCUGGCUCCCGAACUCCUUCACCAGAACCUUUGACUCAUGUUGAGGAGCAACGUGCAUUACGCGAUGAAAUGCGAAGCGCAUUCCACGAUGCCAUCGUCGCUGAUAGUGGGGACGACGAAGACAUCCUGGUCCCUCGUGAGAAAACGCUUGAUGAAAUGGAGAGAGAAGAAGAAGAUUACCGCGCAUUCUUGGCACGGGAAGUUGGACACGAGUUGGAGCAGCUUGUCACAGUCGAAAGCGGUGCAGUAAUGUCCAGCACGGACGGUGAGGAUGAAGAGGAAGCAAAAGCGGAAAGUGGGAAGAAGUCCAAAAAGAAGGCAAAAAGUACGUCGGAAGGAAGUAAGGGAAAAGGAAAGUCCAAGCAAAACCAAGAUCAGGAGUUUCUUCUGAACUAUAUCCUUAAUCGUGGCUGGAUUGAUCGAGCAAGUCGUCGCGUUCCAACCUAUGGAGAAAUCGUUGGAUCCCAAAAAUCAAAAUCGAAGACAGGGGAAACAGAGCACUCCAGUGACGAUAUCGAUCAAGCACCGGAAGGAGAUAAUGUAGAAGAGCUCGACGACGAUUUUGAUGAAAUUGCAGAGCGCUUUGAGAGCUCGUACAAUUUCCGAUUCGAAGAGCCUGAUGCUGCCGAGAUCAAGUCCUUCCCUCGUUCUAUUCCGAUGACUGUACGUCGAGAAGACACAUCUAGGAAGGAAGCGCGUGAACGGCGGCGACAACGCAAAGAAGAGGAACUGGAGAAAAAGCGAGAAGAGAUAAAAAGGCUAAAAGCACUGAAAAUGCGGGAGGUUCGCCGCAAGCUAGAGCGAAUUGGACGUGAGGGAGGACUGGCGUUGCAGGAUGGCACAGACGCAGCUUUGCAAGAUCUGGACCUAGAUGCGGACUGGGACCCGGAUGCACAUGAUAGACAGAUGGAUGGCAUAUAUGGGGAUGGGGGUGAUAAUGACAAUGCAUCCGAUAUUGACCUCGAGAAGCCCACAUGGGAUGAUGAUAUUGAUAUCGACGACAUAAUCCCCCCAGAACAAGACGAGGAGAACGAGCUUUCUAAAGACAAGAAAAAGAAGAAAAAGAAAAAGGACAAAAAGAAGGGGAAAGGGAAAGAGGACGAUGAGCCAGAUGGUGUAGAUGUUGAUGCCAUGGAUGCCGAAGUAGAACGUGAUCCCGACGAGGAGGAGUGGGACGGUACGGAAGAAAUGCGAAAGCGGAAAAUACAGGAAUAUAUGGAUGAAGUGUAUGGGCUGGACUUCAAUGACAUGGUGGCUGGCAUGCCGACACGCUUCAAAUAUGCCCCUGUGGCUUCGCAGACUUACUCGCUGACACCCGCAGAAAUAUUAACAGCCACGGACGCAGAGUUGAAUCAGUUUAUGAGCGUAAAAAGAUAUGCCCCAUAUCGCGCGGAGGGCUGGGACCACAACCGGGGUGCACGGUUGAAGGAACUUAGAGAUAAAAUAACCGAGCGCACUGGGAACUCCAGUGUUUUAAACAAAGAGGGGAGGACUGAUGCUGGGGAAAGGCCCGCGAAAAAGCGAAUGGGAAAGAAAGAACGGCAACGGCUGAAAGGUGUUGGUGGAACAGAAGAGCCAGAAAAUCCUGACGACGUUCAAGGCGUCGUAAAGGUAGCCGACCAACGGAAACGAAAAGCGGAAGACGAGGACAAAAUAGAGGAAACAGCGGGAAAUGAUGUCGCUACUCAGGAAAACGACGGACCAAGGAAAAAGAAAAGAAGAAGGCAUAAGAAAACUGUCCAGCAGUGAUAGUUGUUUUGGAUAUUAUAUGUUGACGGCGAAUCAGACCACAUUGACUGUUAACAAUAUUGCUUUACAAUCACAUUCAUUGACAGAAACACCGGUGUAUACGCUGUUUCUAAAUAUAUGGCUUUACUUAUAUCACUAUGUAUUAUAUUGAGGUCCGUUGUCUAAAGCUACAAGCAGUCAGUAGAGAAUGUAACGAGAUCUACACUACGAGAUACAAUUCAUCGUUACACCUUACAAAGAACAUGUCCUAGGCGUAUCAAGUCCAGAUGAAGGAGAAGGCGUUAGCGUGAAGUACACAAGUCCACAUAUGAUAGAUCAUGACGAAAAUUGACAGGACCCACACCCGCCAGUUGCGUUCAGCCCCGUAUUCUGCAAUGAGCAACUCUUCAACGAAGAAGAUGAACAGAGUAAAGUCGGGACGGUCCCAGUGAGCGCAGUAUUAUUCUGAAGGGAGAUAAUCUGGAGAGACGGCGGGAAAUUAGAAGGCAGAGGUGGCUGGAGAUUAUUGGAAGAUAGCAGUAGUUGGGUUAAUGCGGAGAAGGACGAGAUGGAUGAAGGAAUGGUGCCAGUGAUCGAAGUGGAUGCAAGGUCG